CAGAUUAGUGAUGUCUAUUGUUCUAAUGGAUUACAGGUUUUGAACUAAACAAGAAGGCACUGCGCCUGCGCCGGACACAGCCAGACACGCCUGCGCACACUGAGCUUUGUGCUGAAGUCAGUCCGCCGUCUGGUCUCCAUGGAGACGGAACACCGCGUCCUUCUACAGUGCGCUCCCGGGAAAUGAGGAGGACGGUUCGCGGGAGAGCGGACAGCUAGAAAAGACCCGGAACGCCUGUAUUAAAUGGAGCCAGAGACAACUGUAGCUGAUGGAAGACUGGAAACAUUACAGAUCUACAAAGUACUCCAGUGUGUUCGAGAUCAAGACAAAGAGCAGAUCCAAAAACUUACCCAACUCGGAGUCCCGAACCUCAUAAAUCUCACUGAGCCCCGCAAUGGAGAAGGGGCGCUACACCUGGCCGCUGUGGCUAAUAAUGUGGACAUGUGCAGUUUUCUGCUUAACAUCGGAGCUUACCCUGAUAUACAAGACUUAAAGGGGCGCACCCCUGCCAUGAAAGCAACAGAGUUAGGACAUGACCUGGUACUGCAAGUUCUUGCUGAAGCCCGGGCUGACAUGACAAUUGUUAAUAAAGAAGGAAAAGGAGUUUUGUUCUACUGCAUUUCCCCCACGAAGAGACACUUCCGCUGUCUUCAGAUACUCCUGGAUUGUGGCGCCGAUGUUAAUAACACUUCUACCAAUGGAAUUCCAGUGCUCCUAGUCGCUUGUGAACAGGCUCGUGAAUGUAAAGAAAUGUGUCUGAAACUGCUGGAAAGAGGGGCUAAUCCCAAUGCUUGCAAUCCAAACACAGGUCGAACAGCUCUAAUGGAAGCAGCAAGGGAAGGAGCUCUGGAGGUUGUUCGCAGUAUUCUGGAGAAAGGAGGAGAAGUAAAUGCUUAUGACAAUCAGCGGUAUCAUGCUGUACAUUUUGCUGCCAAAGGUGGCUUCAUAGGGAUCUUGAUGGUGCUGUCCGCCUACAAGGGGGAUAUGGGGAUUAUUGCCAUGGAUGGCAACACAGCCCUUCACCAUGCUGCUGGCGGGGGGUUUGCUGAUUGCUGCAAAUUUCUUGGACAAAGAGGUUGUGAUCCCAACUGGAAAAACAUAAAAGCUCUGACUCCCAAAGCUGUGGCCAAAGAAGGUAGAUUCAAGGCUGCCAUGAAGGAACUAAGCAAAGCAAUGCGUCUCUUCAAGAAAUAUUCCAAGCCAGGCGUGAAAAAUCCCAACCCACCUUGGGCCAUAAAACUGCAUGACUGGUCCUUUGAGCACCAGGCAUUCCUUCGAGAAUCCUUUGCUGCGUUGGAUAAGGGGGAUGGAAUUAUUUCCAAGGAGGAAUUUUCGGCAGUCCUCCUAGAGAAGGGAGCCCCAGUGACCAAAGAAGAACUGGACAAUGUUAUUCCUCUGCAUGAGAAAGGACGUGGAGGAGAUGUCAAUGCUGAGGAGUUCCUAAAAGGGUCAAAGUAUCUACAGAAAGCCUUUCUUCUCUCCUCUUAUGGACCUAAAAAGAAGAAAGGAAAGAAAGGGAAAAAGGGGAAGAAGGGGAAGAAAACACUUCUUAUGCCAAUAUGUACAAUGCCAAGUCAUCUCAUUUCACGUCGGGAAGAUGGUGGACCUCCCAACUUUAUGAUUGAAACAUUUCAUAAUGUAACUGACCUUAAUCGAUUUAAUUGUGACCACCCACCCCAAAACCCCCUGACCGAUGACACCGGGUGGUAUGUGGAUGAGCUGGAGAAGGUAUACACAAAUAUAAACUUUGCCAUCAGGGCUGGAGACCUGGAGUCUUUGAAAAAGGCUUUUGAAGAAGGAGUACCUGUGGAUGUGAAAGACGUAUUUUUUAAAACACCCUUGAUUUCUGCGUGUGCUUAUGGAAACAUGAACAUUGUCAAAUUCCUUCUAGAAAAAGGUGCUGAUGUCAAUGCAAGUGAUAAUUUCAUGUGGACUCCAUUGCACCAUGCGUGUCAUGCAGGCCAGCAAGACAUAGCAGAGCUGCUGAUUAAACACGGAGCGAAGAUAGAUGCAGUGGCCCUCAAUGGAUCCACACCACUGAUGAGAGCUGUAGAAAGCGGCAGCUUAGACUCUGCUCAAUUUCUAAUUACAUCUGGAGCAAAAGUGCAAAUAGAGAACAAGAAAGGACAAAAUGUGCUUGAUGUUGCAAAAGCCUAUGCAGACUACAGAUUGAUUGAGCUGAUUCAAGCCAAACUGGAAAGUUUACCAAAACCAAAAGAGAAAAAGAGCAUCAAGGGGAAAGGCAAAAUGGAGGGAAAAUCAAAAGCGGUGUCCAAACCCCAGCCCCCUGUAAUUUUAGUGCCUCCAACUGUUAAGCAAGAGAUAUCAAAGCCCAUAGAAAUGGCUCAAUCUGAAAGGGAGAAGAGUACAAUCGUCCAAUUGAACCAACAAAUAUCAAUGGGAGAAACAAAGAAAGUCGACAUCACAUUUGUGCCUAAAACGGUUUGGGUCUCAGAGCCCAGCACUGCGGACCUCAUAAGAAAAAGAGAACGCCUACGUGAACGUUUCACAUAUGAAGUAGAUUUUGAAAACUUCAAGAUGCCAUUUAAUAAGAAUCUGGUGGAGAAAUCCUUGGCAUUGGUAUCUACUUAGCUUUGUGACUUCAGUAAAGCAGAAGCAUUGGCAAAAACA